GUUGUAUGUAGUCGCACUGGUCGUGCAAACAAUGCGAACAUCGGUGCUCGCAUAUAAAUUGGGACGCAUGCAGCAGAAUGUCCGAUAAUUUGAAUUUGUCAUUCGCGCUCAGAACACAGAAAAGUCUAAACGCGGCGGCGGUACAACGUGGCGUAUGCGGCAUGCACGAGAAAGAAAAUUGUUGAAGCAAAAGUAAACAAGUAAAAAUACAUACAUACAACGGUGUUUAGUGCCGAAAAAUAAAAAAAUUCGCGAACAGAAGUAAACACAAAACUAUAUAGAAAAAUUUUAAUCAAAAAGCAAAAUAGGGAAAGCAUUAAACGCCAAGCGGAAGAAAGUGUUGCAAAAAACCGAAAAAAGAGCAGAACGCGCAAACACAUUAGUGAACAAAGAACUGUUUGUAGAGUUUAAAAACUCGCUUAAAGUAAAUAUUCUUUUCAUGCACACACAUUGUUGAAAGCAGAGUGAUUUUUUUUUUUGUGUGCAAACUCACCACUAAAAGGAUUAAAUACAUACAAGCACACGAACAUACAUUUGGAGCCACCAGCGAAAUUCAAAAGCGCAAAACAAACAUAAUAAAUCAUAAAUAACUGCAAAUAUUUAGCGGGGAAAUGUUGCCGAAAGUGUUUCACAGUUUUGCCAUUGUUGCACUGCUGCUUUUUACCCUAAUGACAGCCAGCCAGUGUGGCCCGCUGCCAAAAGUGGACGAGCAACAACUUUCGAAAAUUCCGCAAUGGCAUUGUUUGCGAUACUUUAAACACGAUUUGUUGAUGAUGCGUCGUUGCCGACAUUUGCAUGUGCCAACGACGCCACGCUCGGGCAAUGUCAAAUGAGUGCCGUGCUGGGGAGACCCUGGCCUCCACCACCUUGGAUUGGUUUCGUUGCGAGAACUGAUUAACUGAAUGAAUUGAAUGAAGAGGCAAUGGGGGAGGGGGAGGAGGAGGCAGGACGGUUGUUUUGACUUGCGGAAGAGAAGUCAAAUGAUUUAAGUAGCAGUAAUGGUAGCAGCAGCAACUAGCAAACAAUUUUUUGGUCGUUAUUUUAUACAUAUGUAUGUACAUAUGUAGGGGUACAAGCAUACAUUCACAUGACAACAUGCACCCAAUGACUGAUUAUCACCUACAUAUAUAAUAUUGUGUUUGUAUGUAUGUGAGUACAUGCAUAUAAUCGAAAACGCGGAAAGUCGACAAAGUAUAUGCAUUUAAUAAUGUUCAAAUUUUGUAUAAAGUUGCAUAUACAUACAUAUGUACAUAUAUGCAUAUGUAUGUAGCCGCACAUACGGAAAUGUUUCCCAUACAUAUAUCAAUGUGAAAGCGAUAAUUCUUAGCAAAUACGAGG